UGUUUUUGUCUCUCUCGUUGAAUAUCAUGCCACCCAAAGUGAAUUCACACUUUUCCAAUUUCUUCUGUCUUGGGUUAGGUCCACCCACUACCAAACUUUUCCACGCCUCAUCCUCCUUAACCAAUCUCCCAAACACUCCCUCUCUUCUUCACCACCCUCACAGUCACAGAGACCCAAACCUCCAUCAAAUGAAUUCCCAAAACCUUCCAUGGUUUCCAUUCCUCCCUUUCCUUUCCUUCCUAAAACUACUUCUUCUCUUUCAAUUCCAUCUGUCUUCUAGUUAUUCAGAUCAAUAUUUGUACACGAAUUGUGGCAAUACCUUCAAUUGUGGUUCCAUCACCGGAAUAGGCUAUCCUUUCCGCGGAACGGGUGAUCAUGAUUACUGUGGGUAUCCGGGUUUAGUCCUCGAUUGUAGUAAUGACAAUAUCACCACAAUUCAAAUGGAGAACUUAACGUAUCGAGUUCUGAAUAUCGAUCAGAGCACCCAAACAAUGAAGAUUGCUAGAGAAGAUUUGAUGGAAUCAACUUGUCCCCAUGAUAUGGUUAACACUACCCUGGAUAGCGCGCUAUUCGAAUACACUUCCAGUACUUAUAUGAACCUCACUUUUCUGUAUGGCUGCCAGGCUCCACUUAAACCGUUUCUCAAUCUUUUCCAAAUUCCGUAUUGUAAUGAGUCUGGGAAUGUGUAUUUAUUUGCUGGAGCUCAGGGUGGUGAUCUGAUUGGUUGUGAGGAUAGCGUUGUAAUUCCAAUUUCUGGUUGGGCUUUGCCUGUGAAUUCGACUGAUCAGGAACAAGCUAUCCGGGGUGGGUUUGAGGUUAAAUGGAAGGUGGAUAGCAAAGAGUGCAGUGAUUGUAUUGGGUCGAAGGGACGGUGUGGAUAUAGUCUUUUUACCAAUCAGACCACUUGCUAUUGCCCCACCCCGCCAUACGUAUGGGAUACCUGCUCGGUGGCCGCCGGAGAAACACCGCCAGGGAGCAGUUCUUCAACAUCAAAAAAGUUAACAAUAGCCCUUUCCGUAGCAGGUGCAGCAGUCCUUGCUUUUGUUGGAUUAUUAGGAUGGUUCAACUUUUCUAUUAGACGACGGAGGAAACGUGUUGCUGCCCAACUUGCCCAAUCCACAAGCAAAGAUCUUUCAUAUUCUUCUCUAAACAAAGGCCUUAUUACUCCUCAAACUAAUCUCUCCCAAAGCAUGCCAUCUUAUCCCUCCUCAAAGUCUGAGUUUGGAAUGGUGAGCACAAGCACCUACUUUGGAGUUCAGGUCUUCAGCUACACUGAACUAGAAGAAGCCACGGACAAUUUCGACCCAUCUAGAGAACUUGGAGAGGGAGGCUUUGGCACAGUGUACUAUGGCAAGCUCCAAGAUGGUCGCAUAGUUGCAGUGAAGCGCCUCUACGAGAACAAUUUCAGACGUGUAGAACAAUUCAUGAAUGAAGUUGAGAUCCUGACACGUCUGCGGCACCAGAACCUUGUCACCCUGUACGGAUGCACAUCAAGGCGAAGCCGAGAACUCCUCCUUGUUUAUGAAUACAUCCCCAAUGGAACAGUGGCUGAUCAUGUACAUGGAAAAAAAUCAAAUCCUGGUUUGCUUUCUUGGCCUGUCCGAUUGAGCAUUGCUGUAGAGACAGCUGAUGCUCUUUCCUACCUCCAUUCAUCGGAUAUCAUACAUCGCGAUGUCAAAACCAACAACAUUCUUCUUGACAACAAUUUCCGUGUAAAAGUUGCUGAUUUUGGGCUGUCGAGAUUGUUCCCCAACGAUGUAACCCAUGUCUCAACUGCCCCACAAGGUACACCUGGCUAUGUUGAUCCUGAGUACUACCAAUGCUACCAACUUACUGAGAAAAGUGAUGUUUAUAGCUUUGGGGUAGUAUUGAUUGAGCUUAUCUCAUCAAAACAAGCCGUUGACACCAAUAGGACUAGACAAGAUAUUAACUUGGCGAACAUGGCGAUCAACAAGAUUCAAAAUCAUACACUUCAUGAAUUGGUGGAUCCGUCUCUUGGGUUCGAAACAAAUAGUUCAGUGAGGCGAAUGAUUACAUUGGUAGCGGAGCUAGCAUUUCGAUGUUUGCAAACAGAUAGGGACAUGAGGCCUUCGAUGGAAGAAAUUUUGACAGCUUUGAAAGACAUUAAGAAUGGAGAUUUGAAUGAACAAGUGGAGGUAGUGGACAUCGUUAUAGAUGAUGAUGUUGGGCUUUUGAAGGAACACCCUCCACCAAUGUCUCCUGAUUCGGCCGCCAACUCUACUACACCUAAUUCUAGUGGUUGAGAUUUCCUUCUCAUUUUGCUGGAAGGUUAAAAAUAGAUGGUUAAAGAGUAUUGUUGAGCAGAUGUCUAACUAGGUUACAAUUUCAUUUUCUUUCAUCUAUUUGGCUAUGUUUGCUUUAACUUAUAUGCAAGGUUAAAAGCAAUGUACAUUGUAAAUGGAGCUGUCCUCGACCUUAAUAAUGUUCUAUGUAUGUUUUAUGUAUUUAUAUUGUUUAACUAUUCUUGUUA